AUGGAUGAUCGUAUACAAGUCCACAAUGAUAACAUUUCUCCAACGACAUCAUACGGUGGCGUACUGCCAAGAAAUGCGACCGAAUCAGUAAUGCAGUCACGUACAAAUGGAUCUCCUAUUAGUGAUGGAAGUAGAAAACCGGAUAAAGCACCACUUAUGAUGGAUCCAGGUACGAGAUUAAGCAGUGGAACAGCACAAAUGUAUACCGAAGAACGAUCUUGUCUUCAUUCUGUGGAUUUCGUAAAUACUGCUAAACCAAAUGGAUUAUCCACACUAUCCGGUGUUUUUGCGCCUGUGGCAAUUUCGAUGUUCAGUGUUUUGCUCUUUCUUCGGAUGGGUUUCGUUGUUGGUCAGUUGGGUUUCCUGCAAACAAUUUUGCAACUUUUCCUUGCAUAUGCAAUCGUUAUGUUAACUGUCCUUUCACUGUGCGCUAUUUCCUCAAAUGGUGCUAUCGAAGGCGGUGGAGUUUAUUAUAUGAUAAGCAGGUCAUUGGGACCAGAGUUUGGCGGUGCCAUUGGAUUACUAUUUUAUAUUGCCAAUGUUUUUUCUUGCGCCUUAUAUAUAUCUGGAUUUACUGAAGCUUUAUUAAGCAGUAUUGGUGAAGAGAGUUCGCCAUCUAGCGCCAGCUGGAAAUUUCUAUGUUGUGUAUUAGUCUCCGUUGUUCUGUUGUUGUUAUGUCUUCUUGGAGCUAGACUGUUUGCUAAAACAGCGUUUAUUACAUUCAAUGUUAUUUCUGUUUGUUAUGUUACAUUUUUAUUAUCAGCAUUUAUAGUUGCACCAUUCAGUGUUCCGAUACCAAAAACAAAUGAAAUAGCGUAUAUGAUUUCAUCAAAUCUGUCAGACCCCUCUUCUGAGAAGAUACCUGACUUCAACCAGACAUUAAAAACACCUUAUACAGGAUUCAGAUUCGCGACUCUCAUAAAUAAUAUGAUGGCAAAUUAUACAUUUGAUUAUACAACAUCAAAUCCUACUGAUUUUGCUAUGAUGUUUGCUAUUAUAUUCAGCGGUAUUACUGGACUGAUGGCUGGCGCAAAUAUGUCUGGUGAAUUGGCUCGUCCAUGCACUUCCAUUCCACGUGGCACUGUACAGGCCGUUUUCGUGACACUAUUUGUCUACAUUAUUACGGCAUUUUUUACUGCUGCUACAUGUAGUCGUGAAUUACUUCAGUCGAAUUAUUCAGUCAUGAUGAAUGUGAACAUUUCGCCACUGUUUAUUCUUAUUGGCAUAUUCUCGACAACAUUUUUCUCAUCUAUGAGUAACAUGAUUGGUGCAUCCCGUGUUUUGAAUCGCGUUGCACAUGAUAAGCUUUUUGGUUACUUACUUCAUCCAGCGAAAAUUGAAGUCGGUGGAGGCAAUCCUGUCGCGUCGGUGAUAAUAUCAUGGAUUUGCGUCGUGUUGGUUUUCUUGAUUGGUACAAUGAAUAGAAUUGCGAAACUAACAUCUAUUUUUUUCUUGUUAUCCUAUAUGGGCGUUAAUAUUGCUUGCUUAGCACUGGAAUUGACAAGCGCUCCGAAUUUUCGGCCAACUUUUAAAUAUUUCACCUGGCAUACUUGUGCAGUCGGUGUUAUAAGUACCAUUGUAAUGAUGUUAGUUAUUGAUGCUGCUAUGAGUGCUAUUGGUGUCAUCGUUCUUUUAAUCUUGAUCAUAAUUUUGCAUUACCAGGCUCCAGUAGGAUCUUGGGGAUCUAUAUCUCAAGCUUUGAUUUACCAUCAAGUACGAAAGUAUCUUCUUCUUCUUGAUGUUCGCAAAGAACACGUAAAGUAUUGGCGACCGCAAAUACUUCUUCUAGUCAGUCGUCCGGCGAGCGUUUUUCCGCUCAUGGACUUCAUCAAUGAUUUGAAGAAAAGUGGCUUAUAUGUAAUUGGUCACGUACAAAAAGGUAGCAUGGAUGAUAGUAGUCCGAACUUGGACCCAUUGCAUGAGGUAUUCCCAUAUUGGUUAUCUUUAAUUGAUUAUUUGAAACUGAAAGCUUUUGUUGAGUUAACGAUUUCGAAGUCAGUACGUGAAGGCAUACAACAGUUAAUGCGUUUAUCUGGUUUGGGAGCCAUGAAACCAAACACCGUGGUUUUGGGUUUUCAUGAAAAAUUUCCGACAGAAACUACUCUCGCUGAAUCUUCUCUUCUGAAGGAUCUUAGAUUUUCUCGGAUCGAUCGAGCUGCAGUUGUCGAAUAUUUCACAGCUUCAGAUUAUAUGCCACGCGAGCCUAAUGGUUUUUAUGAACGUUUAGAUAGCGAGGAAUAUGUACGCAUUUUGAAUGAUGUAAUUCAUAUCAACAAAAAUUUGUGUAUUGCGCGCUAUUUCAAUCAUCUGGACAAGGACGCCCCAAGAGGAUGGAAUGGUAAAAAAAAAUUCAUUGACGUUUGGCCAGUAUUCAUACAAAAACCCGGUGAAACAGGACUUGGCUGGGGUAACAGUUCUCUUUUCUUGCUCCAAAUGGCUUGCAUACUAUCUAUGAGUACUCGAUGGCGCUCAUCAUCAGUUUUGCGCGUUUUCAUUUGUGUUAAUAGCUUGCAGGAUAUGCAAAGGCGUGAGCGGCAGUUGAAGCAAAUGCUCGCACAUCUUCGAAUAAACGCGAAAUCACUGGUGACACCAUGGGAUCAUGUUAUUUGUCAUCUUGAUAAUGACAGUCCAUCCGCUCCAUUAAGGGAAUCAGUUGAUUUGCCAAUGCCUUAUUUGACAGCUCUGAAUGAUUUAAUCAAAAAGAACAGUGGUGAUGCAGCUGUUUGCUUGUUAAAUUUACCAACUCCACCAAAAGACGUUUCACGAAGUGAACAGUAUUUGGAAGUAAUAAGGUAUUUGACUGAUGGGUUACCACCAACAUUGUUAGUACAUGGUUUGUCCUCAGUUAUAUCAACGGCUCUAUAA